AACGUGGUUCCUUUCUAGCAAGACAGAAGGCUUUUUUUCCUUCCAUAAAAGAAGUAAAUUAUCAUGAACGUUUUGUACAGCAUACUAUGAACGAAACCGGUUUAUGUUGACCAUGUUAUUUUAUUUUGCAACAUAAUUAUGGACGAAGCCGAUUUGGUCUGACCAUUUUGUUUUGAAGAAAGUGUUCACGUUCUUUAAAGGGGCCUUUUCACAGAUUUUGGCAUGUAUUGAAGUUUGCCAUUUAAUGUUUUAUAUUGAUAAAUUUAAACAUUGGGCUUCAAAAUGUCCAGUAAAAAAACACAAAAAUACAAUUAAAAUAAGAAAUAAGUAACCCUCGACAGGGCUCGAACCACCGACCCCUGGAGUUAAAAGCUUUCGCUUAGACCACUCGGCCAUCCGUGCUCAUGCUAUGAGGGGACGUAUUUUUUGUACUUUAUAAUAGCAAUCACUCGUAGUUACACAAAAUAUAACGACAACAACAGAACUUAAGAAAUUAUUCAAUCGUUUCGCGUUGCAACGCUUAUGUUCAGGUUUUCAAAUCUUCAAAAGAUGCAUAAAAUGGAUAUUUUAGAGCAGGUUAAAUGUUCAGUGUAUUUAUUUCUUCACAAAUAUCGUAACAAAACGAAAGUUUGCGAUUCUGAAACACUUUUUUGAAUUUUGUCAAUUUACCAAAACGUGAAAAGGCCCCUUUAAAUGUUAAGUAAAUACAUUAAUAUCUUAUUAUGUAGCCAAAUGAAACUUAACUUGCAAUUAACAAUUAAAAUCUAUAAUUUACAUAUGUCCGCGUUUGGUCAACGUGUUUUUUUUUCGAAAAUUAAAAAUACAAAACAUGUAUUUAGAAACAUAUACUUAGUCAUUUGGAAUUGUUAUGUUAACUGACACCAUUUGAAAGAACAGACUGUAUUUGCGGACUAUACAUUUCAUAAUAUUACAUGGUUUGAAUGGUGAGUGUAGGUUACAAAAAAUCAUCACUUAUAUAGAAUACUGAUAUGUUUCUUCAUACUUCGUUACUUAUUAACAUAAACUGAUAUGUUUCUUCAAUGUACGUGCUCCCAAUUCGAAACUCAAUCUUGGUGUUGGGAGUUUUUGUCUCAAUGUGGAUCGACCGAGGUGUUCAAACAGCAGACGGGAUCAACAUCUCGUGACAAACUUUCCGAUUUCAGAGUACUUCCCAGCAUUAUCCAUCCGGAUAUCAGAUGUACUGGAUGAAAUCGGGGCAGGAAAACGCACUGUAAUGGAGCGGAGAGAAACAUAUUUGCUGAGAGAACGCAUUAUGACGAUAGCUGCACAAUGUUUGGAACUACCUGGGGAAUUUUUUCAUUUUGGUAGCCAAUCUGAAGGCACCACAACUCCCGGUCUCAAUUCUGAUAUUGAUUUGCUAAUUAGUCACACAGAUCUGAACAUCAUGACAGACUGGAGAGACUGGGAGGCUGGGAUGGAGAACCUUCUGAUGAUUCAUGACGACAUAACUAUACCUCAACAGUACUUGCUACAGGACAUACACAAAUACACACCUGAAGCGGUAACCAUUAUUGACAAUGAAAGAUGUGUAAGGAAAGAUUCCGGACAAGCACUUUUCAGCUCAGAAAGAUGGAAACAGCGAACAGAGCAUAUGGUUUCACAUUACGGAGAGGUAUUCAAAAAUGGACCUUCUGUGAGUAAUGAUCCCGACUGGGAUUUGGUAUCGACAUUGCCCGUCUGCAAACCUCUUCCAGAAAUACAGCGAUGGAUAGACAGAUGUAGAGGAAGACACUGGCCGCCUGCCCAAUUACUGAAGGCUGCACGUAAAGCCCCAUGUUUCUUGGUACCUGCAGGACAUCCAGAUAGUGAUUACAAGCGCGAAGAAUGGCGACUGUCUCCAAAUCUUAUUGAACGAAUGCUUAUGUUUAGUUUUAAUAUGGCACAAAUAAAAUGUUACAUAGUUCUAAAAUUAAUUAAAAAAUCCUUAUUUAGAAAAAUUGUUGGGGAUUUAAUCACAAGUUUUCAUUGCAAAACGUUAAUGUUCACCACCAUAGAGAGAACACACCCUUCUCUGUGGAAGGAACAUAACAUCAUGUAUCUCCUCUUACUAUGCUUACAAGAAUUAAGGAAAUGGCUGCGAUUGGGGUGCCUUCCUCAUUACAUCAUAGCUGGAGUGAAUUUAUUCGAUGGAAAACUGUCAAUUGUGAAACAGAAACUUCUUUUACAAUACGUUAACUACUUGAUAAAGAAUGGCUUGCAAGAUUUAUUUCAUAUUGAUAUAGACAACUUAGGAUGUCGAUUGCAAGCGUGUUGUAUACGGAGGAUCAAACAAGGUGGAGAGGGAGAACUGGGAGGUGUAGUCUUACGUUACAGUAUCAGUUUAUUGCUGAAGGUCGGGUACUUGCAAAGAAUACUUUUGAAUUUGACACCGAUAAUAUAUACAAUACAGAGUUCGAAUUCGACAUUCCAACAAAGUAUAUACAAUACAUUACUCACUGCUGUUCAAGGCUUCACGAAUGAACAAUUGAAAACCGUUGCGUUCGACCUUAUUAAUCACCUGUAUGUCGUAUAUAAUUCAGUGCAAUCAUCUAAGUGUUCGCGUCUUCCAAACCCUGCUUUCAGCGAAAUUAUAAGCCGUUUUCAAUUUUGUUUAAACACAGAUAUAGCCUCUAGUCGUUUAAAGUUGGCUUCUUUGCUAUACUGCUUUGGACAUUUUCACGCGGCAGUUAGAGUGCUGGAUGACGUUGAGAAGAGGUAUCACAGCAAGGUCAAGGCUGUGUGUCGAGUAAGACGUAACGAAGGAGAAAGCGAUCUCCGGGUGUUUGCUAGCAUGAUCACAGAUAACUAUGAGAACGUACUCAGUGAACAACCAUUCGCAUUCUGUGUCAGGUUUAUUAGAGAAGAAGCGCACUGCGCCCCAUACGUAUUGUGGUUUGAAAUGAACCGCGCUAUGACUGAAGAGGAAGUUGCACAAAGAGAUGUCUAUGACAAAAAUUGGAUGGAUAACGCUGAGGUAGAUGCUUGUCCUUUUCUUCGCUAUUUACAGUAUCUUACGUAUGGAGGACAAGGUGAACGCACCAAACAGCUAUAUGCGCUUGAAGUACUCGAGUCGUAUAUAGCUGAUCCAAGAAAUGCAAUCAACAUGCAUCAUCCUGAGACAGCGCUCAAUUUGCUUGGUCACUGCUAUGAAAUGGAAGGCUACUAUCAAAGUGCGUUAUAUAUCUACGAGUUAUCGUUGCGUCGUUACCAUACGAACAAUGCUGCUAACUGGCACGUUCAGCGUGUGCAGCGACUAAUAAGUAAUUUAUAUUGAAUAUUAAAACAUUUUAAUGUGUACAGUAUCAUAAAAGUGUUUUUGUGUAGACAAUGUGAUAUCAGUUAGUUCUAAGUUAAUGAUUAUUGUUAACUAAAAAAAUCGUAAACUUUAUACUGUUGUGUUUGUAUUAGAAUUGUAAUUUGACAUUUAUCGAUGUUGAUAUUGACACAGUUAGUGUAGAUUUACUUUAUUUAGCGAGUUGAUCAAAACCUGAACCCCGAUUUUUCGCGUUUUCGUUAAGAGAAAUAAAUAUUUUUUAUGUAUUCAACAAUUACAUUGAAAUCUUAUCGCCAAGUUGUUUUCUUAACAUGUUUGAUUUUUUUUCAAAGGAAACAUGUUUAAAUUUGUAACAACCAAUGUAUUGUUGUUGUUGUUUUUCACUUGUUAAUCGCAUAUCUUCAUCAGGAAAGGUGUGUUAAUAAAUGCUCGUAUAUUCGAACCACACUAUAGUGUUAGUAGAUAAACAAUAUACUUCGGGUUAUCGAAUAAUGUGUCCUCAAAAGGCUUAUUAUAAUAUCAUUUCUUCACCAUCGAAAGAUAUGGUAUGAUAAAUUGUUAAUAUUUGAUAAACAUGCAGUUUUCUUUCUACACAUUCAUAUUUCACUUUCAGACCGGCGUCAUUCUAAAAUGGGUUUAAUAACGUUUCGGCAAGCGUAGUCGUGUAAGGACCGAAGCAUUCCACUAUAAAAUCACGCAAGGCAUCAUAGUCUCAUAAAGGAUCUCCUGAACAAAAUGCGCAUGAUGGUCUAUAACAACGCAGCAGUUACGCUUGCAUCAUAUGUCAUAAGAUUCAUUUUCGAAUGACGCUGGUCUUUAAUAAGCUCAAUGCGUCUUGUAGAUCAAACUUCUAAGCACGAUACUGCUCUAUAAAAAAAAUAUGAUACACUGUGUAUUUUGUUUCAAAUAAGCAAAUUGCGAUAGCCUAUUUAGACUUUUAGAAACGAUUUUCAGACGGGCUGAUCGAUUACGGCAAACAGUUGUGGCUAAAUAGUCAUAUAACAUAUUUACAUGUAUCCAUUUUCACCGCGUAGUCUGAGCAUGACUUCUCCCCGUACGUCUCGGUCGGCGUCUGCUGUGGCUUCUUCGUCGGCUUCUGCGUAAUGUUCUUUACGGUAAAGAUGCAACGUCUCUGAUCUAGCGGUAUUAUGUUUUAUUAAUUUAUUUGAAAUGUGUUUUGUGAAAUUGCAUAUGCGUGCAUCAACUUAAAUACUGUACUGUGUGUUAUAUAAUGGGCUGUUUUGAUUGGUAUACAUGUUGUUCUUGUUUGUUGUAUUAAACAGAUAUGUUUUACAUAAA